AUGCAAUUCUAUAAUGAUGAUAAAGUUUCAAUUGAAGCAUCUUCUUAUCUUUUUAAAAAGAUAGGAGGGCAUGAUCCCAAGACCAUUUCCAAAGUACUUUUACAAGGAAAACGUCACCCUCUCCUUUGUCUCGACAGAAACAACUUGGGAGAUGAGGGAAUCAUUCCAAUAUUCCGUGCCUUGAAACAAAAUGCCAUUGUAGAAUCUUUAGAUAUAUCAAGCAACAAUUUAACAGCAACAUCGAUCGGGGAACUCUGUCAAGCACUCACUUCAAACAAGUACAUCAAGUAUUUAAAGUUGGAAAACAAUGGAAUUGGAGACUCUGGUGCCGAAAAGUUGGCCAAUGUCAUCAAGAACAAUGGAUGUUCACUCAAAGGUUUAUAUCUCUCUGAUUGUCAAAUCACUUCAAAGGGAUGUUCAAUAUUGGCUUUGGCUCUGGAAUCAAACACUCUUAUAGCAACUCUUCAUCUCAACAGCAACCCUAUCGGUAACGAGGGUAUCAGUCAACUUGUAAAAUCACUCUACUCAAAUUCUUCCAUCAAAAGUAUCAGUUGUUUCUUUUGUUCAAUCUCUGACGUCGGUGCCACACGUGUCAUCGAGUAUUUGGAAGCACACAAAAAGUCAAUCAGCAAUCUCAACAUUAAAGGAAACAAAAUCUCUCCAGACAAUCAAGAAAAGAUAAACAAGUUGCUGUUGGUUAAAAAGAUUAAAGAAAAAAAGAGAUUGUUGAAAAUGGAGGCCAAGGAACUCAUCAAUCAAGAGGCUGAAAGAAUGGUCAAGAUUAAAAUGAAGGAUGUCAAUGAAAAGGCAAAGAAACAAUUGGAUGAAAAACAAAAGGUACUCGAAAAGAGAGAAGAAGAUUUGGUCUCUAAAGAAAAGGUUUUAAAUACAAAACAAACUGAAAUUAGUGCUAAAAUUAAAGAAUUUGAAAACAAAUCUAAAAAGACAAAGGAUCCAAAGAAUGAAAAAUCAACUACUACAAAUAGUCAUAGUAGUAAGAAUACUAGUGGAGUUGGUAAAAAGAAAAAGAAUGAUUCAGAUACAAUUACAAUUAUUAUAGCAGGUGACAAGGACAAGGAUAAAGAAGUAUUAUUGGGAUAUGGACAAACAGUAAUUGAUAAUAUUAAAGUUAUAUCAGAUACCGAUUUUGAAAAGACCAUCAAUGGUGAUGUUGUCAUUGAAGGAAAGAGUGUAAACAUUACCUUUGUCAAUACAUCAAGUAACGAUAGAUAUUCAAGACUUCGUGCACUCCAAUAUGAACAUGCCGAUGCAGCCAUGGUCGUCUAUACUGCUUCCGAUCGUGUCUCUUUUGAAGAUAUAUCUUUCCAAUGGUUACCAGAAAUCAAUUUCAUGGGAAAGAUGCCAAUCUUUAUUACAUCUAUGCAAUCGGAUCAACGUACCACACCGCCAAAUACAACCGAUGUCUCUGAACAAGAAGGAAAGGAAUUUGCUGAAAAGAUUGGAUCUGCCAAUCUAUACUACGAGCCACUUUGUGCUGAAGAUUUUAGGAAAAUGGUCACUUCAAUGAUCAAAGAAUUAUCAAAGAAAAAGAAAAAAUAA